UCCGUCUGGAGAGAAUUGAAGGGGCGAGGAUGGCCAAGCAAGCGACCUCCACGACGAAGCCUGGAUGGCCGCUAUCUCUACGUCCGGCCUGGUGGAGAUCCGAACGGCACUGCUGGUGUGGACUUCUUUCUAAGCGAGGGCACCGUUCUGGAGUAUUACGCC